CUCAGUCGGAAGUGGUCGUCGUUUCCCUUUCCUCCAUUGGACUUAGCCGCUGUCAGUCGUGUUCCCUGACUUCCCUCACGCUUAACCGUCCGCCUCUCCGGCUCUCUGUCUGCUGAGACUGCCGUCAUAUUGGCUGCUAGAGCAGCAGCGACCACGGCAGAAAAGAAGACCCCCACCAUGGUGAAGAACGGGUUCUCGCGGCGCCUAGAGAAUAAUUUAGCUUUUUAAAUCAUUUUGUAAAGUAUUCAGCGAAUUAUAAAAAAAAAAAAAAAAUCGGGAUGAUACCAUCAAGUAUCCGCGUACCUUUAGUGCUUUCAUCCGACACGGUGGUCCGCAACGGGGAUGUAUGCCUGACUUCUCUUAAUAGCCAUUUUCUGCAGACAAAGAGAGCUGUUGAAUAGAGCUUUCAAAAGGCACGAGGGUCCCAGGGGCUCUUAUUGAUGAAGAAAGUGGGCACCAUGUGGAGCAACCUGAAGAGCAAAUGCCAGACACUCUUUCACAGCAACGGUUCAAGUGAAAGCAGGGUAGAGGCCGAUGCGGUCCACUGUGUGGUGGAUCUCAGCCAAGGAGGCAGCUCAGGUGAGGCUCAGGCGUCAGGAGCCUCCAGCCCAUCACGGAGCCUCCUGCCUGUGCCAAUGGCACCAGCAGGACGCCGCCAUCACAACUGUGUGUCGGACAUCCCUCAGAUAGUAGAGAUCACAAUCGACAAGGACACUGAGGAUGUGCGGGGGGGAUCAGGGGGGGUUCCGCUGGCUCGUAGAGACUCCUAUUCCCGUCAUGCUCCAUGGGGGGGCAAGAAAAAACACUCGUGUUCCACCAAAACCCAGAGCUCUCUGGAGGCAGAUAGGCGGUCUGGGCGCUUACGGGGGAGUGGACACCGCAGGGACAGGCGUUAUGGAGUCAGCUCCCUCCAGGAUAUGAGCGACUCUGUAUCUGGAGGACGCGGUCUGAAUGCUCGGUCUUUGCGCCAGCAGCUUAGUGAUACCGUGGGGCUGUGCUUACCCCUGCCUGCUCGCAGACGCUCCCGCUCAUCUAAGAAUCCCGUCAUGUCCAAGCGUAAGAUUCACCUGACGGAGCUCAUGCUGGAGACCUGCCCCUUCCCACCAGGCUCAGACCUUGCUCACAAGUGGCACCUGAUCAAGCAACACACGGCGCCGGUCAGCCCGCAUUCCUCCACUGCCCUGCUGGAUGCCUUUGACCCGGCCCACCCCUCUCCUGAGGACGAGGAGGAACGUCUGCGCGAGCGCCGCAGACUUAGCAUCGAGGAAGGUGUGGACCCACCACCUAAUGCACAGAUCCACACCCUGGAGGCCUCAGUGCCGGGCUCCUCUCUCUACAAACUGGGACCAAAGAUGGCUCCUGGCAUGGGAGAGGCCUCUGGGGAAGGCCGGGCCUCAGGGGCUGGCAGCUCUGCGGGUGCUGGGUCAUCGGGGGCCUGUGGGCAGGUGUUGGGGGCUGCAGCAUCAGCCCAGGACUGUGACUCUGAGGAGGAUUCCACCACCCUCUGUCUGCAGGCCAGGAGGCCCAAGCAGAGGCACGCCUCGGGGGAUGGUCACCUGAGCCGGCAGCAACCUGGGCCCUGGAAGGUUCACACUCAGAUAGACUAUAUCCACUGCCUGGUGCCGGACCUAUUGCAGAUCACCGCUCUGCCCUGCUACUGGGGCGUCAUGGACCGCUACGAGGCUGAGGCGCUGCUGGAUGGGCGGCCAGAGGGCACCUUCCUGCUCCGUGACUCAGCCCAGGAGGACUACCUCUUCUCCGUUAGCUUCCGCCGUUACAACCGCUCACUGCACGCCCGCAUCGAGCAGUGGAACCACAACUUCAGCUUUGACGCUCACGACCCUUGUGUUUUCCACUCUUCCACCGUCACAGGACUGCUGGAACACUACAAGGACCCCAGCGCCUGCAUGUUUUUCGAACCGCUGCUUACUGCGCCUCUCCAUCGGACCUUUCCCUUUGGCCUGCAGCACCUGGCACGAGCUGCCAUCUGCCGCUGGACCACUUACGAUGGUAUAGGCUCUCUGCCGCUGCCCCCUGCCCUGCAGGACUUCCUCAAGGAGUAUCACUAUAAACAGAAAGUACGAGUUCGCUGGCUGGAGAGGGAACCACCACUCAAGGUCAAAUAGGGUGGGCUUCUCCAUUGCCUGUAUACACACUGCAGAACUUAAUAAAUUCCUCAUUAGCCAUUUAGAGGCUAUAGUGACAUGGCCCUCUUUCUGGUGGGGGAUGGAAUUCAAAUGUAACAAGCUAUACAAGAUUCAUUCUAAUCUUUGUUUUAGUUAUUACUUACAUCACAGAAAAAAAACAUGAUUAUAUUCAGUAUAACGCUGUCUGUCAAGCACAUGUUUUUGUGUUGAACAGGUUGUUUUGAUGGGAAGGAAAGGCACAAAUAUCAGCGCUUUUGUGUCCUUUCUCUCCUGCUUUGUGCUAAAUGUCUGCCUGAUCCCACAACAUCAUCCUGCCUGUAGACCUGCCUGCAUGCCUCUUCUAUUCAUCCCAAAUUGCUAGUUAGGCCCACAUGGCUACAUUGUACAGUUCACUUUGUGCUUUCUCGAUUUAUUAUUUUUUUUCUUCCUUAGUUUGUCAAAGCACCUAAUGGAGCACCUUGCAAGAAGGUGUGUGUGUGUGAUCUGGAGAUGCUAUUGUUAUAUUGCAGUCAGAGCUUGCCCAUGGAUAGAGCUACAUACGGCACAUUCUUUGCUAUCUCUUUGCACGCAUGGGCAUCAGCUAAGCCAGGGACAGAUUCUAAGAGGGUCCAUAGAGUUCAGGACAGCACAUCAGGGAAAUGAAGUGCUUUCUAAGGACUGUAGAUUAGUCCUUAAAAAAACAGUAGUUUCUCCUUAAGCAGUAAUGGUGAUUGAUGAGUCUAUCUACUGUGUCCUAUUUAGUGAGCAAGCUGAACUUUAUUCUGAACUUUAACUUUAUUCCCAUAGUGCGGCAUUGCUUUCUAAACAGAACAUUUUCUUACAAUCUGUCCCUCCUAUCUAUUCUUGCCAUUACCACAGUUGUCGCAGCAGUCUGUCCCUCAGUGGUCUUCAUUGGCCACAGACACUUAUACACACAAUUUUCUCCUAGGGUAACAUUUGAUCAGUCUGGUGUUUUUAUGGAAUUGUAUUAUGGCUUCAUAGUAUUUAGUUUUACACCUGUGUCCUUCAUUUAGUUUCUUUUGGUGGCAUCUGGCAUACGGAAAGCUUUUACCCUGUGUAUCCCAUUUGGCAAUUUAUCUUCACUAGAUACUUGCAACUAAGUCAUUUCAGAGGAAUUGAGGGCAUGUGUGAUGAGCUUUUCGGUGAAGACAGAAGAUGAAAAUUCCAAACGUCAGUGUCCCUUUAAACAGGACUGUGAAUUGAUCCACUCCACAUAUAGUGAAAGAUCAGAAAUGGUGAGCACAGCUAAUCUCUCAACGUUAAAACAUGUUGAGCUGCUUUUAUGUAGACCUCUGUGUCACCAACCGGAAAUAAGUGAUAAUAGCCUUUUCUUGGAGGUGAUGUCCCUCACUUUACAACUUUUCUAACGAUAAGGUCUCAACUCCAACAAAUUCCCUCGUUGCCCGGUUGCUUUUAUAGUCCCAGUUGUGGCACUGAGUGGAGACAACACUCAACUCUCGAGAGGUUGGCAUAUCUUAGAGAGCUUUAUUUAUGUAAUUUGAAUGAUUGUGUUCCCUAGGACAAAAGCACUGCUGGCUAACCACUCAUUUCUUUUAUAUUCUCAUUGUGAAGAGAAAAUAAAGAGAAAAUAAGUAUAACCUAUGUGCCUUUUUAGAGAACCAUUUAAUUUAUUUUCCAUAAUCCAUUGUUUUGUAGUCCAAAUUGGAAAAAGGAGGUGCUUCAACACGGUCCACUCAGAUGCCAUCAAACGAGACUGAAGAGACUAAUAAUGAAAUGGGACAUGAGCUGGAAGCUCACAUACUUAUGGUGCACGUUCAAGUUUCAAACCGAUUCAAUUUCAGUGGUGCUAUGUUGGUUAAGCUAUGACAGGUUAUCAAAAUGAUACAUUGUACAUUAGUUAAAGUACAUCUCUCACUAAUGCAUGCAUUAGUCUCUCGCCACAUUAUGACCUGUAAGGUAGUAUGAGGUUGUUAGCAGGUCCAAUCCAAGCCCUACUGUAGCAUAUUUCAAGAUAACGAUGUCCAGCCAAGUGUAGGUUGUACUCUGCAACUUGACAGAUCCUAAUUAGAGUUGACAGUUGAAAGUUGACUCUUUUUGAUCCAACCUCUGACAUUGUCCAAGUUAGCCUUAAGCAAUUAAAUAAAUUCACCAGCAACAGUGUUUGCUCUAACUCGUCGUAGUAAUAAUAAUAUGAAUACACAUGAGAUGGUUAGAGAAAUGCAGGCAGAGUGGUUCCUUUUACGGCAUGUUUUAAAAAAAUGUUUUAAACAAAUCUGAACUGGAAAGUGUGCUGAUGAAAACCCAGCAAGUAACGUGUAAAACUAAACUAUUACAGCAGAAAAACGCAUAAGAUCAUGAUCACUGGAAAGCUUAAAUAUAAGCUUAUGUUCUCAAACUAGUUCAUAUAUUAGUUUGUGUGUAUAUCAACCCGCACAUAUGUUAAAGGUUAUUGGGAGUUUUCAUCAGUGAGGAUGAAUCAUGAACAAAUGUCAGUGUGUUUCUUUGCCCAUGAAUAUCUGAGCCUGUGACCAAAGCGCUUGCACACAGCCAUGUGAAAUAAGUGGAAGGCUAAAGCUUCUAAAUGUGCUCAAUGGCGUUAGAAUAACGCCAACUUAUAUUUCAGAAUUACAAACUGUUGAAAGUUAGUUCUGCUCUUCUUUGUUAACUAUUUCAUAGCUAUCUCAUAGUUAACAAAGAAGUUUUUCAACACUGAAAACCUUCUCUCUGCAAAACCAUUCUAAUUUUUUCACUUGUUUAUCAGGCAGGAAAAGAUUGAUCCGAAUUUAACGAACAAUUCUUCCCAUAAAAGUCCCAAAUGUUUUCCACUGCCCUGCACUUUGUUCUCCAAAAGCUUGAAUAGCGCAUGUUAAUCCCUUGUAUGUGUUAAGAGUGGCAGGAGUGAGUUUUGACAUUUUGAGUUGCUUUUAUGUGCACUUUCAUAAUUCAGGAUUUUUAGCACCCACACUGUCAAAGAAAUAUGUAUUUGAAAAAACCCACACAGAGCAUAUUAUCAUGCUUACUGUCACCUACCGAUCAUGCUACUGCAUAGCAGUAGCAUACAACUGUUCAUAGUGCCCCACCCCACUUGCAGGCACUAAUCGCAGGCUAAUUUUACCAUUUUGGGACAUAAAUUUACUGGGUACUAAAAGGGCCACUCUGUGUUGCCUCAUGCUGCUGCGUGGCUGAAGGAGGCCUUUUUUUAUUAUUAUUCUAUCCAUCUGGCCACAUCCCUAACAUCACUGGGCUGAUGUGGAGGUGACUGUGGUGUAGAAGGAACUAAAGCCUGUUUGUCCUCCCCUCCGCUCUCCACCUAGGCUGAAGUUAACAUUAAGGAGCCCGGAGGAGGAGGAGAGGAUGGAGCUGGCUCCCAGAGAGCCCAGGCUUCUUUCUUGUUGUGGCAACGGCUCGCUCACAGAGAGGGUGACGGAUUCGUUGAAGUAAAAUAGCACUUUAAUUGUGUAUUUGUGUUCUACAGUGCAGUCUGCAAGUAUUAGGACAGUGUUUUUUUUUUCAGUUGUGUUGGCUCUUUACUCCAGCAUGUUGGAUUUGAAAGGACGGUUGGCUUUAGUGACAACUUAAGGCUUUUAUUUGCGUCCAUAUUGGGUGAACAUGGUAGGAAUGUGCCGCUUUUUGUACAACGGCGCCCACUUUUAGAAACCUAAACUUAAGUCAUCACAUUUUACUGUUUGGUGGAACAUCUUUUACAAUCGGCCACUGCUGACUUCUAUAUUAAACGUGCGUCUAUGGUGAUGUUCUUGUCCGUCAUCUUCUUGCUUGUUUUGGUAAUUUUUUAAGCAAGUAAAACACCCCCAGUCAUACUGAGGUCAGGUGACUUGUCAUCGUUUGCCUGCUUGGACUAAUUGGUGAAUUGCAUAUUCACACAAAAAUAGCUAUGAUUCCCAUUAAAUAUCAGAAACAUAUAUCUGAACACACUAAAAGUUGAGAGUUGGCACUUUAACCUUUUUUUCUUUAUAUAGUCCUAGUUUCAUUACCAAUAUACUGCACUACAGAGCCAAAACUGAAACUUCCCCACUGUCCAAAUAUUCCUGGACACCACUGUUUUGUGUUUUAGCUCAAAAUGGCGAGACUUGUGUGAGUGUUAAGAAAAAGCCAGUGGUCCUGAAAUAUUUCACGUAUGUUCAGGCGCUGUGAGCUGUGUCGAUGGAGGUGUGUUCUCCACCGUGUCGCAGACCCGGUGCAUACGCAUGUGCUGUGAGGGAGUAUGGUGGUGUGUGGACGGAGCCGCACGGAGGGUUCCAGCCGAGGCGACGCAGAGUUGACCGUGAGGGGUGAUGACGGUGACUCCUAUGAACGAUGCCUCUCUGCCCCUGUCCCACCCCCCUUUUUUUCUCAGGCAGGCCCAUUGCGAUGAGAGUCCCAGGACCCUCUCAACCCAGUUUUCCCCAUGGGAAAAAUCUGACAUUAACCGUAGCACAUGUUUGCCAUAUAACUUGUAGAUUUUAGGAGGGGGGGGGGAAAAAAAACAUUUUAUGUAUGAUGAAUGAUAGUUGUGUUAUAGGAGCCUGAUGAAAAGACGUUUUAUUCUUCAGUGGUGCAUUAACUGUCCGGGACACAUACAUUUGCACACACUUACUAUGAUACUUCUAAUGACACCUGCACUACCCCCAGGUAUUGACACACAUCCGCACCCUCCUACCACCCCACCCUAAGCCAUGGAUGUGUAAACACGGACCACAUUUAGCCAGCACCACCUACCCCCAAUCCCCCCCUCCCCCUCCCCAAAAAACAAGGGCGAGCAAAGAUCUGUGUUUACUUGUGUAUUCUGUUCUUAAGAAAAACAAAAUGCCAUGAGUUAUUUUGACCUGACGUUGUCCUCAGUAUGACACUAUUUAGCUGCACUAUGAGAGCCUCGGUUGUGGCAAGAAACCACCGGGUCCGGUCUGGAUGAGAGACGGGCUGGUUAUGUCCCUCGCUGUCCCACUAAACAACAUCAACACCAUGACGAUGGACUCCUAACCCUACCCCAACUCGGUACGACUCACGGUUUCAACUCUUAAGAGGACACACCAAACAGAAAAUUAUAUUUUAAAACAUUUCUUUCCAUGCUCCCAUAUAUAUAUAUAUAUAUAUAUUUUAGAAAGCUGGGUUAAGUGCUAUAUGCAAACAGAAAAAUAUGUAUGAAAGAAUUAUUUUUCAUUAUUACUUCUCCCUAAUAUGCAAUGGAGUGUAGUGUAACAAUGGUUGCAAUCCUCUGUCACUUUAAUGCUGUAUGUGCACAUUGGUUGCUGUGUGGAUGUGGGUGCCGAGGCAACAGGACUCGACAAUGAUGGGAACUAAGGGCCGACACUCUGCUGCACCGCCGUGUUCCCGGCCUGCCUUAUUCGUUCUGACCAAUCACACGAGCCCUUUAAGUCCCGGGCUGCAGCCACUGCCACAGGCUGACCGAGCUGUCGUCAGACGAAUAUCGCAGUUCCAUUUUCUUCUGCUUUUCUUCGCUUUUUCUUUCUUUCUUUUUUCUUUUGCUGUCAGGUAGGAUUUGGAGCGUGUAAAUGGCAUAAUCAUGUUCACAUUUCACUGUCUGUUCUGUGUAUCUACUUCACCAUUCAAAGAGAACAAAAAGUUGUUUUCCAGUAUAACCUGUUCAUUUAUAAGAGCCGUAUGAUGCGACACUUGUAGCUGUCACUCUUGGUGCUUGGCUUAUGCUUCAUUGUCUUAAUAUUCCAAAUAAAACUGUUAAGUGUAAUCCACACUGGCCCAUGAUA